AUGGCAAUAAAAUUUACUAUUCCGAAUUUGUUCUAAGUAUUAUAAUAAACUUGUAAUUAAAUUGAAAAUUAAUAUUAAAUUGGUAGUAAUUGAAAGAAAGAACUAGCAGGGAGGGUAAAUAUAUAUUGAAAUAAGAUUCAGAUGAAAGUACUAAAAGUGUAGUUCUUAGAGAAGGAUUAGGUAGAUGGAGAAUUUUAGACGCAAAACUAAAAUUAAUGGAUGAGGAACAAGAGAUGCAGAUAUCAAAUAAAUACAUUCAGUAUGUAUUCGAUUUACUUAUUGAAAUGAACGAUUUAAUUGAAAAUAUGGAAAAGGACAAUUUUGUGAAAGUAAAUGAAAAUGACAAGCUUAGUAGUUUUAUUAAGAAAAAUAGCGUAAGGAGAGAAUAUCAUGGGAGUCAAAGAAUGAGCAAUUAAAAGGGGAAAUUUGAAGUUUGAUGAUUUUAGUUUUGAACUUGUACCAAUAAAAGAAGAAAAUUAGAAAUUGAAGGAAGAAGUGAAAAAUUAUCAAUUAGAGUAUUAUAUUUCUUUAUAUAUGAUUAGGUAAGACAAGGUUGAUUUCAGUAAGAAACUAAGAAGUGGAUCAUUACUUAAGAUGUAACUUGAUACUAUUUAAUCCUUUUGA